AAUAGUACGCGUAUAGUUUUGAAAGGUCAAUUGAUUGUUUGUUGUCAAAUGAAGUUGCUUUAGUGAUGGAUUAGAUUAGAUUCUUAUGAGAUUAAACCGUUUUUAUAUUGUGUAAUGUUGGGUCAUUACUGAAAGAAGUUGAGAAAUGGUUGAAAAAUCUAAAAUGAAUGCCGAAAGCCAAAUGCAAGUGGCUAUCGGGCUUUUAAUAGAAACUAUAAAUGAUAAAAAUCCGACUGUUGUUGAAACGGUUGAGCGUUCUUUACGUAAAAUCGCUAAAACUUAUCCAAAUGAAGUUUUAAAAUCAUGUUGUCAGUACUCUGAAAGGCAAAUAAGAAACAGCGGGGAUUUGAUACCAGUUGUUCUAAAUAUAAUGGAUAUUGUUUGCCAGGAUUAUAUUGUCCAAAUCGAUGGUGAUACUGUUUUAGAAGUCAUCACAUUAUGUAUGGACCUAAUGAUUCAGAAACCUACGUUUGAGCCCCAUUUACAAUUAGCAGCUUCAAGUGUUUUGGUAGCAUUAGGAAAUAAACACUGUAUUCAGAUUAUGGAUGUUUUAUUAAAAAAUUUUCAACCAAACGUUGUUCCGCAUUAUACAAUAUUACAUACAAUGGGAGCAUUGGCUUCUGUAAACACAUUUGGGGUUAUUCCUUAUUUGAAAACAAUCUUAGAAAGGAUUUUACCACUAUUAGGGAUGUUAAAAACGGAUCCUCUAAAACAGGCUUUUUCUUAUGCUUUAGAAAGUUUUUCUGAAAGCCUAUUAGAGUACACAUCAAAUGUAUCGCAAUCUCCUCCUGAUCCAACUAUAAAAAUAGCAGAUUUUCAAGAUGAGAUUUCAACAGCUUACGAAGCAUUAUUUACAAAUUGGUUACAUUCGAAAGAGGCAAAAGUAAUCGAGAGCGUUUUAAACUCACUUUCUGCUAUGUUUAUGAUUUUAAGUACUGAAAAAAUACGUCAGCACGUCCAAAAAACUAUUCAAGUCUUAUUAAACUUAUACAAAAAACAUAAAGAACCUCUUCCAAUCAUAAAAUGUUUAGUUUCGGUUGUUUCAAUUGCUUCAAAGUGCGAUGGGACUUUACUGGAACCACUUUUAACACCCGUUUUACAAAUGUUAUCCGAUUUAAUUUGCGUUUCGCCAGAUUAUGCUCAACCAGAACUUCUAAGAACACACUCUGAAGUGUUAAGAUGUUUUGAAUGCUUCUCUAUGCAUUACACUGAUGAUAUUAUCGGUCAUAUUUUAUUGCAAAUGAAAAAUAAUAACGAAAAAGAUCGUGUUAAAGGUUUAUUGGUUUUAACACAUUUAAUUAAUACAACUGAUGCAGUUAUUAAAAAUCGAAGAGAAGAUAUUUUGGCGGUUUUGAUGGGGAUGUUAGUGGAAAAUAAUUUAAGAAUAAAAAUGAGUUUAAUGAAAGUUAUUGUAGCUUUGGCUUAUAAAGGAUUUUUAAUUAAUAAUGAUAUAAUAACAGAAAAAUGUAUACUAUUCAUCAUAAAAUUAACAUUAAAACAAUUACCAUAUAAAGAAAACGAUUUUUCUGAAGCUUCUGAUUUACAAUUAACCGCCGAUAACACUUUAUACAUGAUAACGACAUCGGUAAAAGAUUUAGAACCAACUUUAUGGGAUUUAUUAUUAAAAUGCCUAUUCCUUCACGAAUAUUACGAGGCAACGAUAAUUAUUCUACGUUGUCUGACGCAUUUAUCAUCGAGAAAAGCGGAGACGUUGUCAUGCGAAGGUGCUUUUAUAAGAUCCUUGGCGAUAUUAGCACAACCUUUACCGAAUUUCCGAGGAACUUUCGCUUUAAAUUUUUUGAGAAAUAUAAAAUUAUUUGAUAAACAAGCGUUAAAAUCAGUUUGGGAUAUUAAGAUACCGCAACUUUUAAAAUAUUUGGAACAGAAUUACGAUCAUUUUAACGAUAAAGAAUGGGAAGAUUUAAUUUUUGAUUUCUUACAUUUACUGUUGGAGAAUGUUGAGGAGGAGCAUUUUAAAGAGGUUCUUGUUGAAAAGAUUAAAGAACAAUUACCAUUAUAUGAUGUUAGAAGAAAUAUGGAGAAACGUUUAUUAUUAAAAACUUUGGCAGUAAUAAGUUGUUAUUUAACCAAUAAAAAAUUGGUUGAACAAAUAUUAAAUAUAAUCCUGCAAAGUGUGAAACCAUUUGAUCAAGAUGAACUUUUAUCAUGUUCAGAAGCAAUCGGAAUCUCAUCAAGAUCAAAUUUACGUUUAGUUCUCGACACAUUAUCAACAAUCAGAAAAGAAGUUUUAAUAAAAAAGAGUCAAUCAAUAUUUAAGUUUACUUUUAUUAAAGAUCAAAGUAAAGAAAUUGAAUUGGAACGAAUAAGAUUUUUGGUUAUAACCAGUUAUGGAGAAGUUUGUAAAGAAGCCCCCGUUGAAAUUUUAUUACAAACGAUUGAAUCGGAAAUUUUACAAUUCGUUUUAAACGAAUUACAAACGACUAAAGAUUUUAUUAUAAAAAAAGUUUCUUUAAAAACAUUGGGCGCUAUCGGUGAUUGUAUGCAUCCCAAUCGAAAUAAACUUCAUAUUUAUAUGCAAUCUCGAGAUGAAGUUUUAACAACAGUCUCUUCACAAAUGUUGUUACAUAAUGGGCCUGAAUACGUUGAAUUAUUUCCGGUUAUUAUUCCGGUUUUUACAUCAUUAAUUCGUUUACCACAUACCUUAGAAUCUGAUCAACGAUUAAACUUAUUAAAAUUAUGUUUUGAUAAUGUUUUUAAUGCAAGCGCUAUAUAUUGCAAAUUAACAAACGAGAAUUACGGAAAUUUGAAAUUAGCGCCGCCUGUAUAUUUAAGUUUUUCAAAAUUAAAUACGUUAGUACAAGAACUGUUAUUACAAACACUUUCUCCUGCAACUUUAGAUGAGAUUGUAACGUUGUUAGAGCCAUGGUUGGUUAAGAAAAAAAUUGAGCAACGUUUACCAGCUUUAGAAGCUUUAAGAAUAGCUCUACAAACGUAUUUGGAUCAUGUUAAAUUUGCUUAUGAAGGACCAAGCACUUUUGGACAAACCGGAUUAAUUUUAGCACGAAUUAUUCCGAGGUGUACAGAUCCAAAUAAAACUGCGAGAAAAGUCGCGUUGGAUUGUGUUUGUUUAAUUUUAUCAAUCGCGGGGAGAUACGAAGGAAAAAUGCGAGAUCACGACAAACAAUUAAGUAACUCUUUAAUGCACGUCCAAGAGCAAAUUACAACUGAAGAUCCAAAAUUAUUAUUUAAUUUAACGACGGAUUUGGCAAAUUGCGUCUCAAUGAAUAUACCCAAAUUUCAAAUUGGACAUUUUGCUGAAUACUUAAUCGAUGGAUUAUUAGAUGUUGAAAAUUCAAGUUCAAACGGAACAAGUGUUGUUUUAAACAAUUUGUUUAAAUUGAAAGGCGGCGAUUUACAACAAAAUGUGUCCGAUUUAGUUUCAAAGCUAUUAGAAAGUUUAAUUAAAAUUCAUGAUUUAAGAACAAAAGGAAACUCUUUGAACGCGAUAAAUAAUUUAGCACAACAUCACUUAAAACCGAUUGUUAUUGUUUUAUUGCAACAAUCUUUACCGUUUGAUCAAUCAACUUGCAACGCUUGGUAUUCAAUUUCAAAUGAAUCAAUAGUGAUUUCUGAUAUUUUUGCUAUUUUAAAGAAAAUUUUAAAAUCAUACCCGUUUUAUGAAGAAAUUAAAAUGCAGUCGGAAACGAAUCGAAUAGCAACUUUAUCGACUUUACAAGCAAUUUGUGCAUUUUUGGAAAUAUUUAAAAGUCCACAAAGCCACGAAAUAUGCAAAAAAGAUUUCUCGGAAUUAUUUACUUUACUUUAUAUAACUUUAGCUUCUUACAUCAACGCUUCACCUCCAAUUUUGCAUAAUAAAACAACGUUAAAUCGCGAAGCCUAUAAAUUAAAUCCGUUUAAAAUCGCUUUGGAUGCUUUAAAACUAUUCCUACAGAACGUUGAAAAUGCUAAAGGAGCUGCAGAAUUAUAUUUAUGUACGGAUAAUUUAAAUUCAUUCAUUGAAACAGUUCCUAAAAUUACCGAAACAAUUUGUCAACAAAUGCCAGAAACUUUAGGAUGGUUAGUUGCAUCAAUGGGACCUUAUAUUAGAACAGAAAUUGAAUUGCAAAGAAUAGGAGUUACUGUGUUUUUCGGAUCUUUAUUAAAAUGUAAAUUAACGAACCAAAAUGUACUCUCCGAAAACGUUUUGGAAAUGCUUUUGGAUAUUCAAGGUGAUUCAAGCACUAUGGUACGAAAAUUAUAUUUACAAGGAUUAGGUUAUGGUGCUGAAAAUUUAAAUAACGAUAUCAUUUAUCGACAUUGCGGGUCGUUAUUAAACGUUUUUAUGCAAGGAUUAGAUUAUAAUUCAGUUGAUGAUUCCGAUGUAGUGUUACAAGCAAUGUUAAGUUUUUCAAAACUUUUAAAAGUAGUUCAAGAAAAUCAUUUAAAUCAAUGCCAAGUAAUGGCUGCUGUAAGAAUAAAACCUUUGCUACAACAAGAUAAUAGUAAUCUAAGAAGAGCAUCUUUUUGUCUUUUGGGCGAUUUGGCAAAUUCAAUAAAAGGUUCAGAUGAAGCAUUUCAAGAACAAGUUAAUGGAAAUUUAAUUACUUUAAUAUUACAUUUAUGCGAUGACGAUUUGGAUGUUGUGAAGAGUUGCAAAUAUGCUUUAAGAAAAUCUGGCCAUUUUUUGCGUUCAACUAAAGUGAACCAGAUGAUUCAAGAGCAUAUUUUGGAGGAUGGAUCUUUGCAAUUUAUCCAAUUUAUUAGUGAUUUUAUUAAAGUUUUGGCUGAAGAUUUACAAGAAUUAUUUCCGCAAUUAAUAAUGGCUUGUUUAUCAUAUUAUAAAAGUCCUUGUAUGCAAAUUAGAGGAAGUGCUGCAUUGGUCACAGGUCUUUUAUAUUCACAAUUAAAUCUGGAAACGCGAAAGCAAGUUUCUUUUGAUACCGUAAGCUAUAGGUUGUUACAACUUUUAAAAGAUGAAAAUCCAGAAGUUAGAAGCAGUGGAGCUGAAGCUAUCGCUUACUUAUUUGUUGUAUAAUUUUAUUAACCUUUCCCAAAAACUAUUUCUAGUAUCUUAUGUGAUAAUGUUAAUAAUAUGGUAAAAUAUUCUUAUAUUUGUUUGUUGGGUUAUUGUAUUUUUAAUUUUUCUGCUUUU